CUCUUCCAUUACUUCAUUAGUGCUUGCAUUGGCUUGUAGCCGCGUGGUAAACACUUUAUUAUGCCAGGCAUGAACUCAAACGAUGAGGUUCCUAAGUUCGCAGAUACGAAGGAGGAAGCAAAAUACUGGCGAAAGUUAGCAGAGGAAUACUCCAUGAGGUUGCGCGAAACAAGAGAGGAACUCGAUGAAUUUCAAGAAGGUAGCAGAGAGCUUGAAGCUGAACUCGAAGCUCAACUGGAACAAGCAGAAGUUCGUCAACGCGAACUGUUAUCAAUAAAAACACGACUUGAAACUGACAAUGAAAAUUUAAAGGAAAAGCUGGAAGCGAGUCAAAACGAAUCAUAUAUAACCAUAACAUCUUUACAAGAUGAAAAUGCUCAGCUGAAAGCGAUUCAAGACGAACUCAGGAAAUAUGUCAGAGAAUUGGAACAGUCUAAUGAUGAUCUUGAACGAGCAAAACGAGUGACAGUAAGUUCACUUGAAGAUUUUGAGCAGCGACUAAAUGAGGCUAUCGAAAGAAAUGCCAUCUUAGAAAAUGAAUUGGACGAGAAAGAAACAUUAGUUGAAACCAUACAGAGAUUAAAGGAUGAAGCCAGAGAUCUUCAUCAAGAACUUGCUGUUCGCACGCAAAAGAGUUUAGAAUUAGAAGAUACAGAAGGAACAACAGAUGGAAAGAAAGAUGAUAAAGCGAAGCCACAUAUCAGAAGAGAUGUGAAAGCUGAACAUUUAACACCAUCCCCGCAUAAAUCUCAAAAUGGUGGAACGCCUCUUGCACCUUCAGCCAGAAUUUCAGCACUAAACAUUGUUGGAGAUCUUCUACGUAAAGUUGGGGCUCUUGAAUCCAAAUUGGCAUCAUGUCGAAACUUUGUUAAGGAUCAACCAAGGACAAUUAAAACCAUUGGUUUACCAAAUGGAUCUUCGCAGAUUCACAAGAGUCAUGCAAUAAAGAUGUAAAUAGCCAACAUGCCAACAUUUGUAUGUUGUUUGACUUAUUUUUACAUCUUUGGAGCAGUGUUGUAGAAAUGUGACAGUUCCUAAUGAUGUUAAAGACAUUUCUUCUUCAGAAACUUCUUGAAAUGUGACAGUUCCUAAUGAUGUUAAAGACAUUUCUUCUUCAGAAACCCUCUUGUAUGAAGAAUUUAUAGUAAAGUUAAAAAAUUAUUUCUAUGAACUUUGAGAAAAUCAAAUGGUCUAUCAUUGUAAAAUAAUUGUUUUAUUUCAUGAUUAUGAUGUUGUAUAUACUAAAA